AUGGCCAAGAAUGGCGGCCCAUCCACGGCCGAAGAGCAGAUAAACCUCAAGUUGAUCUUGGUCAGCGGCCGAACCCACGAAUUCCACUUUGCACCGUCCACCUCAGCCACAGAUAUUUGUCAGCACGUAUUCGAGAAUUGGCCUGAGGGUAGGGAUUUUUGGAUUUCGCCAGUUUUGAGUUUAGAUAUCGACUAUCUCGAAACUAAAGUCCAAAUUUUAUGAAAAAGAACUUUGAAAUUCAAGUAUAACAUAAAUUUGAUUUCAGACUGGAAAGACGAAGCCGUCGCGUCCUCAGCUCUUCUCAAAUUAAUCUACCACGGUCGCUUUCUUCAUGGUAGUGUAACGUUAAAUGCCUUAAGCCUACCUCCCGGUAAAACGACGGUCAUGCAUUUGGUGACACGGGAAAACCUUCCGGAACCAAAUUCGAAUGGUAAGAAUUUUGACUAUAAUAGUGCCGCGGCUUGCUAAUACACAAGCCUGUCAAGGGUAUCUAUCAAAGGCUUGUUUUCCUUAUUCUAUGCACUAACAAGGGAAUGGACUUUAUGUGUAAAUCGAUUUUGACUUGGGACAUAGUCAGAUCGAAAGGUGUGUGGUAGUCGAUUAUUCACUUGGGGGGAAAUCUCUGCGCGGGGCUUCAAAGCCGAGAAAAUCGGCUUCAAAGUUUGGACGAAAAUCAAAGGAAAAGGAUAGGGAUCCCGGAAAAGGAGCCAUAAAAAGUGUGAAGCAGUGGCCGAGUGGUCAGUGCGCUCGCUUUUUGCGCAAAAGGUCGCAAGUUCGAAUCUGCUUCCAUUCAUAACUUUUUUAAACAAAAACUUCUAUUAAUUUUUUCCCCUUGAACUCGAUUAUCGAUGCAAGAAGUAUAUUUUAAACGGAACCUUUCCAUUUUCAACGGCUUUGCACCUUCCCUUUACAGUUUUAGACCGCAGAGCACAACAUCAACCUGAUGUAUUCAAAAACAACUUUCCACUUUUUUAAAUGUACAGCCGGAUUAGCACGAAGAAAGCAGAAGUAAAAAACGAUAAUAAUGAUUUGAGCUUGGAAACACUCGAACCUGCAACCUUUUGCGCAAAAAGCGAGCGCACUGACCACUCGGCCACUGCUUCACACUUUUUAUAGCGCCUUUUCCGGGAUCCCUAUCCUUCGGUUUUCGUCUAAACUUUGAAGCCGAUUUUCUCGGCUUUGAAGCCCCGCGCAGAGAUUUCCCCCCAAGUGAAUAAUCGACUACCAUACACCUUUCGAUCUGACUAGGUCCCAAGCCAAAAUCGAUUUACACAUAAAGUCCAUUCCCUUGUAAGCAUUGUAAAAUACGAGACAAGUUACUUCGUGCGCCCUUAUAAAAGUAAUCAUUUUCAGACAGCACACGAAAAUCGAAGACGACGGGUUGUUGCCGAUGCACGAUAUGCUAA